GAAGAAGCAAAUCAAGCAAUAAAAUACACCUUCCAAGACCGAAGUGGCAGAGAGGAAUUUUUGACGGUUCAUAGGGCAGUGGUCGUAGCAAUGGCGCAACCCUCGUUUCUCAGGGCCGAUUAUUCCAUGGUGCCGGAUCUCCCACUGGACCCUUCGGGUUACAGGAAAGCCUCCACAUGCGGACGCGAUCUCGUUUUCGUCGUCAAUCCCAGAGGUGCCAAUGGCAGGACAGGUAAAGAAUGGAAGAAAUUACUGCCUUAUCUCAGGUCUCGUCUCGGUAUUGACUGCAACGUAUGUGAAUCUCUGACUUCAGGUCCUUCACAUGCCAUUGACAUAACUAGGGAGGCUAUACGGGAGGGUGCUGAUGCUGUGAUAGCAGUUGGUGGUGAUGGUACUCUUCAUGAGGUUGUGAAUGGCUUCUUCUGGGCAGGGAAACCUGUUUGUGCUCAAAACCGGGGUCCUACACAUACGACUGCUCUUGGUCUCAUUCCCUUGGGUACUGGAUCUGAUUUUGCUAGGACAUUUGGCUGGAAAAAUGACCCUCGUGAAGCUGUUGAGCGCAUAGCAAAAGGGUUGAAAUCUCGUGUAGAUGUUGGCGUUAUUAGUAAAGGAAGUGGCGAACCCCAUUAUUUUAUAAAUGAUGCUGAUAUUCAUUUGAGCGCAAAGGCAGGCUACUAUGCUUCUAAGUACAAAAGAUUUGGAAGUCUAUGUUACGUUUUUGGUACUUUGAGAAGCUUUAUUGGGCACAAUAAUCAGGAUCUCAAGAUUAGGAUCAAUGGGGGAGAGUGGGAAAUGUUUCCUAACGUAACAGCCCUUUGCAUUGGCAAUGGAAAAUUCUUUGGUGGUGGCAUGAAGAUAACCCCAAACGCAGACCCUCGCAAUGGAAAUUUUGAGGUUGUCAUUCUCAAGGACUUUAAAUGGUAUGAUUUUAUUGUUAAACUGCAUAAGCUGUACAAGGGGAGACACCUCUCAGAGAAAAAUGUGUAUUCAAGAAGUGCACUGACUAUUGAAGUCGAGGAAAUUGUAGGCAGCAAUAGCAUCUACGUGCAGUCUGAUGGGGAACAUCUAGGGUUUCUUCCAAUGAAGUUUAGCAUUUUACCCGCUGCAAUUGAGAUGCUGUGCUAAUUAUCAGUCGUGAAGACAAUUGCAUUGACUGGGUAGUCAUUCUCCCUUCUUGUCUUGAGAGUUAUACAUCUGUAACAUGGACACUGAUCUUUGUGCUAGUACAUUGCUGAGUAGAUGGGUUCGGUGUUCCAGAGUGUUUCUUCAAUGUGCAGGUGGCUGCUAUACUAUUUUUACCAUGAGAAAUGAAGAUGAAGUAAAGGAAAAUCCGAAAAUACAAGAAACUGGACUAAACGAAAAGGGCUGCUACUAAUCAGAUUUCUGAUUCCUGUUUCUCAGUUCUCUUUUCUUCAAGGGUUCUGCUAGCACAGCAAUGAUUCUGAAGCAUCCUCACUGACCUAUCUUAACUGGGCUCGUGGGAUCUUAGGUAUUGAGAAGAUGGGAACCAAAUUAUGAGCUGUACCCAUGUCCGCUACAUCAUGUAAGCCAAUAAGAGUGCAAGAAAUUGAAUAUUUUCCACACCCA